UUGGUGCCUGCGCGCCUGUUCCAGGUUUGCGCUUUGACUGUUUUGUUUUUGGCGGAACUACCAGGCAGGAAGAUUGCACAAGUAAGGGGCGUUUUCAGUUUGGUGUCAAUUUCUUUUUCUUUCUUUCUUUUUUUUUUUUUUCUUUAAUUUCGGAUCUUGUCUGCUUCUCCACGUUUUAUUUUUUUAAAAAAUACAUCGCACCAGUAAACUCACACUCGCACACACCCCCGCGAUUACUCCGUCUCAAACUCCUAGAGGAGCCCUUGGCCAGCUCGGGGUGCGGCGGUGGCGGCCGGCAGGCGAGGCGGCCCGCGGGCACCAGGUAUUGAUGUCAAGCUGAACCAUCGUAGGAAGUUGAAAGUCUUAGAAAGAGGACUUGGUAAAGUUUUUGGAUUAUCUUGAAACUCAGGCAAGAUGGCCAAGUAUGGAGAACAUGAAGCCAGUCCUGACAAUGGGCAGAACGAAUUCAGUGAUAUCAUUAAGUCCAGAUCUGAUGAACACAAUGAUGUACAGAAGAAAACCUUUACCAAAUGGAUAAACGCUCGAUUUUCAAAGAGUGGGAAACCACCAAUCAAUGAUAUGUUCACAGACCUCAAAGAUGGAAGGAAGCUAUUGGAUCUUCUAGAAGGCCUCACAGGAACAUCACUGCCAAAGGAACGUGGUUCCACAAGGGUACAUGCCUUAAAUAACGUCAACAGAGUGCUGCAGGUUUUACAUCAGAACAAUGUGGAAUUAGUGAAUAUAGGGGGAACUGACAUUGUGGAUGGAAAUCACAAACUGACUUUGGGUUUACUUUGGAGCAUCAUUUUGCACUGGCAGGUGAAAGAUGUCAUGAAGGAUGUCAUGUCGGACCUGCAGCAGACCAACAGUGAAAAGAUCCUGCUCAGCUGGGUGCGUCAGACCACCAGGCCCUAUAGCCAAGUCAACGUCCUCAACUUCACCACCAGCUGGACAGAUGGACUCGCCUUUAAUGCUGUCCUCCACCGACAUAAACCUGAUCUCUUCAGCUGGGAUAAAGUUGUCAAAAUGUCACCAAUUGAGAGACUUGAACACGCCUUCAGCAAGGCUCAAACUUAUUUGGGAAUUGAAAAGCUGUUAGAUCCUGAAGAUGUUGCCGUUCAGCUUCCUGACAAGAAAUCCAUAAUUAUGUAUUUAACAUCUUUGUUUGAGGUGCUACCUCAGCAAGUCACUAUAGAUGCCAUCCGUGAGGUAGAGACACUCCCAAGGAAAUAUAAGAAAGAAUGUGAGGAAGAAGCAAUUAAUAUACAGAGUACAGCGCCCGAGGAGAAGCAUGAGAUUCCCCGAGCUGAGACCCCCAGCACUGUCACUGAGGGUGACGCGGAUCUGGACAGCUAUCAGAUAGCAUUGGAGGAAGUGCUGACCUGGUUGCUUUCUGCCGAGGACACUUUCCAGGAGCAGGAUGAUAUUUCUGAUGAUGUUGAAGAAGUCAAAGACCAGUUUGCAACCCAUGAAGCUUUUAUGAUGGAACUGACUGCACACCAGAGCAGUGUGGGCAGCGUCCUGCAGGCAGGCAACCAACUGAUAACACAAGGAACUCUAUCAGACGAAGAGGAAUUUGAGAUUCAGGAACAGAUGACCCUGCUGAAUGCUAGAUGGGAGGCUCUUAGGGUGGAGAGUAUGGACAGACAGUCCCGGCUGCACGACGUUCUGAUGGAACUACAGAAGAAGCAACUGCAGCAGCUCUCCACCUGGUUAACGCUCACAGAGGAGCGCAUUCAGAAGAUGGAAACUUGCCCCCUGGACGAUGAUGUAAAAUCCCUACAAAAGCUGCUAGAAGAACAUAAAAGUUUGCAAAGUGAUCUUGAGGCUGAACAGGUGAAAGUAAAUUCGCUAACUCACAUGGUGGUCAUUGUUGAUGAAAACAGUGGCGAGAGUGCUACAGCUAUCCUAGAAGACCAGUUACAGAAACUUGGUGAGCGCUGGACAGCAGUAUGCCGUUGGACUGAAGAACGCUGGAAUAGGUUACAAGAAAUCAAUAUAUUGUGGCAGGAAUUAUUGGAAGAACAGUGCUUGUUGAAAGCUUGGUUAACCGAAAAAGAAGAGGCUUUAAAUAAAGUCCAGACAAGCAACUUCAAAGACCAAAAGGAACUGAGUGUCAGUGUUCGACGUUUGGCUAUUUUGAAGGAAGACAUGGAAAUGAAGCGUCAAACAUUGGAUCAGCUGAGUGAGAUUGGCCAGGAUGUGAGACAAUUACUUGAUAAUUCCAAGGCAUCUAAGAAGAUCAAUAGUGACUCAGAGGAACUGACUCAAAGAUGGGAUUCUUUGGUUCAGAGACUAGAAGAUUCCUCCAACCAGGUGACUCAGGCUGUAGCAAAGCUGGGGAUGUCUCAGAUUCCUCAGAAGGACCUUUUGGAGACUGUUCGUGUAAGAGAACAAGCAACUACAAAAAAAUCUAAGCAGGAACUGCCUCCUCCUCCUCCCCCAAAGAAGAGACAGAUCCAUGUGGAUAUUGAAGCUAAGAAAAAGUUUGAUGCUGUAAGUGCCGAGCUGUUGAACUGGAUUUUGAAAUCAAAACCUGCCAUUCAGACCACGGAGAUAAAAGAGUAUAUGAAGAUGCAAGACACUUCUGAAAUGAAAAAGAAGUUGAAGGCAUUAGAAAAAGAACAGAGAGAAAGAAUCCCCAGAGCAGAUGAAUUAAAUCAAACGGGACAAAUCCUUGUGGAGCAAAUGGGAAAAGAAGGCCUUCCUACUGAAGAGAUAAAAAAUGUUCUGGAGAAGGUUUUAUCAGAAUGGAAGAAUGUAUCUCAACAUUUGGAAGAUCUGGAAAGAAAAAUUCAGCUACAGGAAGAUAUAAAUGCUUAUUUCAAGCAGCUCGAUGAGCUUGAAAAGGUCAUCAAGACAAAGGAGGAGUGGGUAAAACACACUUCCGUUUCUGAAUCUUCCUGGCAGUCCUUGCCAAGCUUGAAGGAUUCCUGUCAGCGGGAAUUGACAAAUCUGCUUGGCCUCCACCCCAAAAUUGAAAUGGCGCGUGCAAGCUGCUCGGCCCUGAAGUCUCAGCCUUCUGCCCCAGAUUUUGUCCAGCGGGGCUUCGAUAGCUUUCUGGGCCGCUACCAAGCUGUACAACAGGCUUUAAAGGAUCGUCAACAACAGCUAGAGAAUGAACUGAAGGGCCAACCUGGACAUGCAUAUCUGGAAACAUUGAAAACACUGAAAGUUGUGCUAAAUGAUUCAGAAAAUAAGGCCCAGGCAUCUCUGAGUGUCCUUAAUGAUCCUGCCAAGGUGGAGAAGGCCCUGCAAGAAAAAAAGGCCCUUGAUGAAAUCCUUGAGAAUCAGAAACCUACAUUACAUAAACUUGCAGAAGAAACAAAGGCUCUGGAGAAAAAUGUUCAUCCUGAUGUAGAAAAAUUAUAUAAACAAGAAUUUGAUGAUGUGCAAGGAAAGUGGAACAAGCUAAAGGUCUUGGUUUCCAAAGAUCUGCAUUUGCUUGAAGAAAUUAUUCUCAAACUCAGAGCUUUUGAGGCUGAUUCAACAGUCAUUGAGAAGUGGAUGGAUGGCGUGAAAGACUUCUUAAUGAAACAGCAGGCUGCCCGAGGAAAUGACGCAGAUCUACAGAGGCAGUUAGACCAGUGCUCUGCAUUUGUUAAUGAAAUAGAAACAAUUGAAUCAUCUCUGAAAAACAUGAAGGAAAUAGAGACUAAUCUUCGAAGUGGUCCCGUUGCUGGAAUAGAAACUUGGGUGCAGACAAGACUAAGUGACUACCAAACCCAACUGGAGAAACUUAGCAAGGAGAUCGCUACUCAAAAAAGUAGGUUGUCUGAAAGUCAAGAAAAAGCUGCGAACCUAAAGAAAGACUUGGCAGAGAUGCAGGAAUGGAUGACCCAGGCUGAGGAAGAAUACCUGGAGCGGGAUUUUGAGUACAAGUCACCAGAAGAGCUUGAGAGUGCUGUGGAAGAGAUGAAGAGGGCAAAAGAGGAUGUGUUGCAGAAGGAGGUGAGAGUGAAGAUUCUCAAGGACAACAUCAAGUUAUUAGCUGCCAAGGUGCCCUCUGGUGGCCAGGAGUUGACGUCUGAGCUGAAUGUUGUGCUGGAGAAUUACCAACUUCUUUGUAACAGAAUUCGAGGAAAGUGUCACACACUAGAGGAGGUCUGGUCUUGUUGGAUUGAACUGCUUCACUAUUUGGAUCUUGAAACCACCUGGUUAAACACUUUGGAAGAGCGGAUGAAGAGCACAGAGGUCCUGCCUGAGAAGACGGACGCUGUCAACGAAGCCCUGGAGUCUCUGGAAUCUGUUCUGCGCCACCCGGCAGAUAAUCGCACUCAGAUUCGAGAACUUGGCCAGACUCUGAUCGAUGGGGGGAUCCUGGAUGAUAUAAUCAGUGAGAAACUGGAGGCUUUCAACAGCCGAUAUGAAGAUCUAAGUCACCUGGCAGAGAGCAAGCAGAUUUCUUUGGAAAAGCAACUCCAGGUCCUGCGGGAAACUGACCAGAUGCUUCAAGUCUUGCAAGAGAGCUUAGGGGAGCUGGACAAACAGCUCACCACGUACCUGACUGACAGGAUAGAUGCUUUCCAAGUUCCACAGGAAGCUCAGAAAAUCCAAGCAGAGAUCUCAGCCCAUGAGCUAACCCUAGAGGAGUUGAGAAGAAAUAUGCGUUCUCAGCCCCUGACCUCCCCAGAGAGUAGGACUGCCAGAGGAGGAAGUCAGAUGGAUGUGCUACAGAGGAAACUCCGAGAGGUGUCCACAAAGUUCCAGCUUUUCCAGAAGCCUGCUAACUUCGAACAGCGCAUGCUGGACUGCAAGCGUGUGCUGGAUGGUGUGAAAGCAGAACUUCAUGUUCUGGAUGUGAAGGACGUAGACCCUGAUGUCAUACAGACCCACCUGGACAAGUGUAUGAAACUGUAUAAAACUUUGAGUGAAGUCAAACUUGAAGUGGAAACUGUAAUUAAAACAGGAAGACAUAUUGUCCAGAAACAGCAAACGGACAACCCAAAAGGGAUGGAUGAGCAGCUGACUUCCCUGAAGGUCCUUUACAAUGACCUGGGUGCACAGGUGACAGAAGGAAAACAGGAUCUGGAAAGAGCAUCACAGUUGGCCCGGAAAAUGAAGAAAGAGGCUGCUUCUCUCUCUGAGUGGCUUUCUGCCACUGAAGCUGAAUUGGUGCAGAAGUCCACUUCAGAAGGUCUGCUUGGUGACUUGGAUACAGAAAUUUCCUGGGCUAAAAAUGUUCUGAAGGAUCUGGAAAAGAGAAAAGUUGAUUUAAAUAUCAUCACAGAGAGUAGUGCUGCCCUGCAAAACUUGAUUGAGGGCAGCGAGCCUAUUUUAGAAGAGAGGCUCUGCGUCCUUAACGCUGGGUGGAGCCGAGUUCGUACCUGGACUGAAGAUUGGUGCAAUACCUUGAUGAACCAUCAGAACCAGCUAGAAAUAUUUGAUGGAAAUGUGGCCCACAUAAGUACCUGGCUGUAUCAAGCUGAAGCUCUAUUGGAUGAAAUUGAAAAGAAACCAGCAAGUAAACGGGAAGAAAUUGUGAAGCGUUUAGUAUCUGAGCUGGAUGAUGCCAACCUCCAGGUUGAAAAUGUCCGCGAUCAAGCCCUUAUUUUGAUGAAUGCCCGUGGAAGCUCAAGCAGGGAGCUUGUAGAACCAAAGUUAGCUGAGCUGAAUAGGAACUUUGAAAAGGUGUCCCAACAUAUCAAAAGUGCCAAAUUGCUAAUUGCUCAGGAACCAUUAUCAUACCGAUGUUUGGUCACCACUGAAACAUUUGAAACUGGUGUGCCUUUCUCUGACUUGGAAAAAUUAGAAAAUGACAUAGAAAAUAUGUUAAAAGUUGUGGAAAAACACUUGGAAUCCAGUGAUGAAGAUGAAAAGAUGGAUGAGGAGAGAGCCCAGGUUGAGGAAGUUCUACAAAGAGGAGAAGAAAUGUUACAUCAACCUAUGGAAGAUAAUAAAAAAGAAAAGAUCCGUUUGCAGUUAUUACUUUUGCAUACAAGAUACAACAAAAUUAAGGCAUUCCCUAUUCAACAGAGGAAAAUGGGUCAACUUGCUUCUGGAAUUAGAUCAUCACUUCUUCCUACAGAUUAUCUGGUUGAAAUUAACAAAAUUUUACUUUGCAUGGAUGAUGUUGAAUUAUCACUUAAUAUUCCAGAGCUCAACACUGCUAUCUACGAAGACUUCUCUUUUCAGGAAGACUCUCUGAAGAAUAUCAAAGACCAACUGGACAAACUUGGAGAGCAGAUUGCAGUCAUUCAUGAAAAACAGCCAGAUGUCAUCCUUGAAGCCUCUGGACCUGAAGCCAUUCAGAUCAGAGAUACACUUACUCAGCUGAAUGCAAAAUGGGACAGAAUUAAUAGAAUGUACAGUGAUCGGAAAGGUUACUUUGAUAGGGCUAUGGAAGAAUGGAGACAGUUCCAUUGUGACCUUAAUGACCUCACACAGUGGAUAACAGAGGCUGAAGAAUUACUGGUUGAUACCUGUGCUCCAGGUGGCAGCCUGGACUUAGAGAAAGCCAGGAUACAUCAGCAGGAACUUGAGGAAGGCAUCAGCAGCCACCGGCCUAGUUUUGCAGCACUAAACAGAACUGGGGAUGGGAUUGUGCAGAAACUCCCCCAGGCAGAUGGAAGCUUCUUGAAAGACAAACUGGCAGGUUUAAACCAACGCUGGGAUGCAAUUAUUGCAGAAGUGAAGGAUAGGCAGCCAAGGCUGAAAGGAGAAAGCAAGCAGGUGAUGGAGUACAGGCAUCAGCUAGAUGGGAUUAUCUGUUGGUUAACAAAGGCUGAGCGUGCUAUGCAAAAGAGAUCGACCACCGAAUUGGGAGAAAACCUGCAAGAAUUAAGAGACUUAACUCAAGAAAUGGAAGUACACGCUGAAAAACUCAAAUGGCUGAAUAGAACUGAAUUGGAGAUACUUUCAGAUAAAAGUCUGAGUUUACCUGAAAGGGAUAAAAUUUCAGAAAGCUUAAGGACUGUAAAUAUGACAUGGAAUAAGAUUUGCAGAGAAGUGCCUACCACCCUGAAGGAGUGCAUCCAGGAGCCCAGUUCUGUUUCACAGACAAGGAUUGCUGCUCAUCCUAGUGUCCAAAAGGUGGUGCUAGUAUCAUCUGCGUCAGAUAUUCCUGUUCAGUCUCAUCGUACUUCAGAAAUUUCAAUUCCUGCUGAUCUUGAUAAAACUAUAACAGAACUAGCCGACUGGCUGGUAUUAAUCGACCAGAUGCUGAAGUCCAACAUUGUCACUGUCGGGGAUGUAGAAGAGAUCAAUAAGACCGUUUCCCGAAUGAAAAUUACAAAGGCUGACUUAGAACAGCGCCAUCCUCAGCUCGAUUAUGUUUUUACAUUGGCACAGAAUUUGAAAAAUAAAGCUUCCAGUUCCGAUGUGAGAACAGCAAUUACAGAAAAAUUGGAAAGGGUCAAGAACCAGUGGGAUGGCACUCAGCAUGGUGUUGAGCUAAGACAGCAGCAGCUUGAGGACAUGAUUAUUGACAGUCUUCAGUGGGAUGACCACAGGGAGGAGACUGAAGAACUGAUGAGAAAAUAUGAGGCUCGACUCUAUAUUCUUCAGCAAGCCCGACGGGAUCCACUCACCAAACAAAUUUCUGAUAACCAAAUACUGCUUCAAGAACUGGGUCCUGGAGAUGGUAUCGUCAUGGCAUUCGAUAACGUCCUGCAGAAACUCCUGGAGGAAUAUGGGAGUGAUGACACAAGGAAUGUGAAAGAAACCACAGAGUACUUAAAAACGUCAUGGAUCAAUCUCAAACAAAGUAUUGCUGACAGACAGAAUGCCUUAGAGGCUGAGUGGAGGACGGUGCAGGCCUCUCGCGGAGAUCUGGAAAACUUCCUAAAGUGGAUCCAAGAAGCAGAGACCACAGUGAAUGUGCUUGCAGAUGCCUCUCAUCGAGAGAAUGCUCUUCAGGAUAGUAUCUUGGCCAGGGAACUCAAACAGCAGAUGCAGGACAUCCAGGCAGAAAUUGAUGCCCACAAUGACAUAUUUAAAAGCAUUGACGGAAAUAGGCAGAAGAUGGUAAAAGCUUUGGGAAAUUCUGAAGAGGCUACUAUGCUUCAACAUCGACUGGAUGAUAUGAACCAAAGAUGGAAUGACUUAAAAGCAAAAUCUGCUAGCAUCAGGGCCCAUUUGGAGGCCAGUGCUGAGAAGUGGAACAGGUUGCUGAUGUCUUUAGAAGAACUGAUCAAAUGGCUGAAUAUGAAAGAUGAAGAGCUUAAGAAACAAAUGCCUAUUGGAGGAGAUGUUCCAGCCUUACAGCUCCAGUAUGACCAUUGUAAGGCCCUGAGACGGGAGUUAAAGGAGAAAGAAUAUUCCGUCCUGAAUGCUGUCGACCAGGCCCGAGUUUUCUUGGCCGAUCAGCCGAUUGAGGCCCCUGAAGAACCAAGAAGAAACCUACAAUCAAAAACAGAAUUGACUCCUGAGGAGAAAGCCCAAAAGAUUGCCAAAGCCAUGCGCAAACAGUCUUCUGAAGUCAAAGAAAAAUGGGAAAGUCUAAAUGCUGUAACUAGCAAUUGGCAAAAGCAAGUGGACAAGGCAUUGGAGAAACUCAGAGACCUGCAGGGAGCUAUGGAUGACCUGGACGCUGACAUGAAGGAGGCAGAGUCCGUGCGCAAUGGCUGGAAGCCCGUGGGAGACUUACUCAUUGACUCGCUGCAGGAUCACAUUGAAAAAAUCAUGGCAUUUAGAGAAGAAAUUGCGCCAAUCAACUUAAAAGUUAAAACAGUGAAUGAUUUAUCCAGUCAGCUGUCUCCACUUGACCUGCAUCCCUCUCUAAAGAUGUCUCGCCAGCUAGAUGACCUUAAUAUGCGAUGGAAACUUUUACAGGUUUCUGUGGAUGAUCGCCUUAAACAGCUUCAGGAAGCCCACAGAGAUUUUGGACCAUCCUCUCAGCAUUUUCUCUCUACAUCAGUCCAGCUGCCGUGGCAAAGAUCCAUUUCACAUAAUAAAGUGCCCUAUUACAUCAACCAUCAAACGCAGACCACCUGUUGGGACCAUCCUAAAAUGACCGAACUCUUUCAAUCCCUUGCUGACCUGAAUAACGUACGUUUUUCUGCCUACCGUACAGCAAUCAAAAUCCGAAGACUACAAAAAGCGCUAUGUUUGGAUCUCUUAGAGUUGAGUACAACAAAUGAAAUUUUCAAACAGCACAAGCUGAACCAAAAUGACCAGCUCCUCAGUGUUCCAGAUGUCAUCAACUGUCUGACAACAACUUAUGAUGGACUUGAGCAAAUGCAUAAGGACCUGGUCAAUGUUCCACUCUGUGUGGAUAUGUGUCUCAAUUGGUUGCUUAAUGUCUAUGACACGGAGUCGAACUGGAAAAAUUAGAGUGCAGAGUCUGAAGAUUGGAUUGAUGUCUCUCUCCAAAGGUCUCUUGGAAGAAAAGUACAGAUGUAUGUAAAAACUUUCAU